CGGAGUCAGGGGAUCCCGGCUGGUCCGCUAUGGGAGGCGGAAGUGCUGCUGUGACAGCCAUGGCUCGGGCUCUGCCGGCUGGCUGCUAGGGGCAGGAGAACCCCCGCCGGCUGCCAGGGGCUGAGCAGGAGAACCCCCCGCCGGCUGCCAGGGGCUGAGCAGGAGAACCCCCCGCCGGCUGCCAGGGGCUGAGCAGGAGAACCCCCGCCGGCUGCCAGGGGCUGAGCAGGAGAACCCCCGCCGGCUGCCAGGCGCUGAGCAGGAGAACCCCCCGCCGGCUGCCAGGGGCUGAGCAGGAGAACCCCCGCCGGCUGCCAGAGUUUGGGCAGAGGCUUGCCCGGCUGCCAGGGGCUGAGCAGGAGAGACCCCCGCCGGCUGCCAGGGGCUGAGCAGGAGAACCCCCGCCGGCUGCCAGGGGCUGAGCAGGAGAACCCCCCGCCGGCUGCCAGGGGCUGAGCAGGAGAACCCCCCGCCGGCUGCCAGGGGCUGAGCAGGAGAACCCCCGCCGGCUGCCAGGGGCUGAGCAGGAGAACCCCCCGCCGGCUGCCAGGGGCUGAGCAGGAGAACCCCCGCCGGCUGCCAGGGGCUGAGCAGGAGAACCCCCGCCGGCUGCCAGGGGCUGAGCAGGAGAACCCCCGCCGGCUGCCAGGGGCUGAGCCGUAGAACCCUGGGGAAUGGCUGCUUUGAAGCCCCUCAGCAGGGCUGGGAGGAGAGAGGAGGAGAAUGGAGACCUAGACAGAUCCCUCCAGGAGAUGAUCUCUGCUAUUGUGGAUGAGAGGAACCGAAUUAAUAUCCGCCAGGAGAUCAGUGGGCUGGGUGAGUGAUAUCUCCAAAUUGCAGGCUGUGCCCCCCUCCAUCUCCAAAUUGCAGGCUGUGCCCCCCUCCAUCUCCAAAUUGCAGGCUGUGCCCCCCUCCACCUCGGCACGAGGCUGUGCCUCCCCCCCUCCAUCUCACACUGCAGGCUGUGCCCCCCCUCCAUCUCCAGCUGCAGGAACGUGCCCCCCCCCUCCAUAUAGGCUGCAGGCUGUGCCCCCCCCCUCCAUCUCCAAACUGCAGGCUGUACCCCCCCUCCAUCUCCAGGCUGCAGGCUGUGCCCCCCCCCUCCAUCUUCAAAUUUGCAGGCUGUGCCCCCUCCAUCUCAAACUGCAGAGGCUGUGCCCCCCCCUCCCAUCUCCAAACUGCAGGCUGUGCCCCCCCCCUCCAUCUCCAAACUGCAGGCUGUGCCCCCCCUCCAUCUCCCAAACUGCAGGCUGCUGCCCCCCCCCCCUCCGUCUCAAACUGCAGGCUGUGCCCCCCCCCUCCAUCUCCAAACUGCACGGAAGCAUGCCCCUCAUCUCCAGAGCUGCAGGCUGUGCCCCCCCCCCUCGUCUCCCAGGCUGCAGGCUGUGCCCCCCCCCCCCCCCUCCAUCUCCAAACUGCAGGCUGUGCCCCCUCCAUCUCCAAACUGCAGGCUGUGCCCCCCCCCUCCAUCUCCAAACUGCAGGCUGUGCCCCCCAGUAAGGGGAUAUCUGUACAGAGAACAACUCUGCUGAAACAAAGGGGAUUCCUGUGUGUAGUCUUACUUUCCCUCUCCGCACAAUAGAGGGUGCAGCUAGUGUCUCCUUCUAAGGAUUUCUCUGCACAUAAAGUUAGUAUUCUGUGUGACAUCCCUUGGCACCAUGCCCCUUACUUGGCAUGUGAUGGCAUCCUGAUUCACUAAUCUAAGCUCUUAGAAUUGAGUGAUCUGCUUGCUCACAUCCAUCCAUCCUGCUUCUCUGUGUCUGAUGGCUUCUGGCUGGUCUAGGACCCAUUCAGGCUAAUGUGAUAAGCAAAUCUAUGUUUACUAUUGUUCCUCUAUCUAAUAUCCUGCAGUCGCUUGUUACAGUGUGUACAAAUUGUUGUUACUGUGUAGUGUGUGUGUUUUGCUCCCACUUAAAGAAUGGUCCAGGAGGGUGUGGUGCCUCUCAGUGUGAUGACAGUAUCCCACAUUAAGUCACAAUAUUAAUCUGCCAUGCCCUGCUAUCCGUUCUAAUGAAUAGAAACCCCCUAGCUCUGUAGCUUCACACUGCUCAUUUGGGUUCUGGUGGGGUUUAAAUCGGGUCACUGGGGAUUCUAAGGAUUUCAUUCCAGGCUCCUCACAUUAGAUGUCAAGUCACAGACCACACUGUGUAUUUUGUGGGAUUACUGUUUACAGCAGAGUUAUUUAUUGGAUUGUGGAGAAUUAAGCCCUGAAUAAGAAAUUCUCCAACUAAAUGGCUUUUUGGUUUGAUUGUUUUGGACUGAAAUAUCAAUUUGCUGCCAAUUCCAAGUUUAUUGAAUAAACCUGUUAUGAAGAUUAUGAUUUAUCAGGUCCACUGGUUUUACUUUGACCUCUGUACAUGUCACCUGAUGUGUUUUCUAGCCUGUUUAUGACUGUGAUCUAUACAGUGUCACUAAUAGCUUGCUAUUUAUUAAUCUCCAGAAAAAAAGAAAUUACAUUCACAGGAGUUUAAUCAGUAAACCUCACACAAUUAUUAUCACACACACACAAUCUGUAGACUGUAAGCGUGUUUGACCUUGGCCAAUUUCACCAUUUGUUAGUUUAACCAACUCUGUUUUCCUCUACUUAAAAUAAGAACAAAGUUAGUGACUAUCAAGAGACACACUUUUUUUUUUUUUUUUCUCUUGUGUCCCCUCACACAAACUCUGGACAAUGUAACCUAAAUUAACGUGACAUAAAACCACCACAUACAUAAACGUGGAUGGAGAGGGGACUGUUAACAGGGAUUAUUGUAGGAAUUGGCGUGUGUGUGUAUGUGUAUAUAUAGGUUAUGAGCCUAUUCAAUAAGGUAACAUCUCCGUGUUUGGGUGGGUUAGUAUUUGAAGCCGAUGUUUAAUUCCAAGAUUUACUUAUCAAAAUGACGCAAUUACUGGUAAAAUGUCAGCCCAGACCAGCAAUCUGGGGGUAACGUGUAAACUGAAUUUUUAAAACGUAUUUAUUUUACAUCUUUGCUGUUUUUAGCCUAAGUCUUACUAGUUCUCUGUAAACUCACUAUUUAGCUGAUACGUUUGCCCAUGUACAGCCUGUAUGACUAAAGGAUAAUUUACAAUCUGGGAUUGUUUGUGUAUUUUUUUUUAUUAUUUUUUUGGUGAUGUAGUAACCAUCUAACAGUAACGGCCUAGUUUUACCAUCUACUGAAACAUUGAAAGUGGGGACUUCUGAGAUUACAAUCUUUUUAUUUUUGUCUUGUUCCAGUUAUGGUUUUGUUAGUAAUCUUAAAUUCCUGUUUCCCGUGGGUCUGUGUAAAUUCUAGAGCUGUCCUUUACUAAAAGUUCACCCAGAUCAAAAAUGUGUGAGAAUUGUACUGUAUGUUUCUAUUACUGCACUAUAGCAGAGUGUAACCUAGGAUAUCUGAUGCUGUUAUAUUCUAUUUUUGCCUGUUUUUGGUGGUAGGGUACGCUAAUCCAUUGUAACAUUAUGUCUCCUAUAAAAAGCCAUAUUGUCUUCUCCAGUCUAUGGCAAUUUGUAACAUAAACGUUGUAAUUAGGGUAAUAAGUGUGCAUUGUCAGGAAUUUAAAACUUGUUUCAAAUUGACAUGAUCACUACAUGACAGCAAAGUGUGACUUCACAUAUUCCUUAACGAGACCCAUCUUAUCUUAAAAAAGGUUAUUUUCUGAUCCCUCAGUAAAUGUAGAUCUACGAUCCCUGGAUGUUUUGUCUGUCUGUUAAUAUUCACAGCAAGCUGUUACACUAAACUGUCUUUCUGAUAUUUGGAAAAUUCCUUCUCAUCUUCCCUUCAUGGAGUAAAUGAGCUAUUUUUAUACCAAGUCAGCAGUGACAUAUAUUUUUCUUUCUACAACAGUUAGAAAAUCAAAGUACUUUAUCAAGAAGGAUGUGAUUUCCCAACUCAAUAUUGCACAUGUUAUUUUCCUUGGAAAGAUGACUGUCUGUCUGUUCCACAGUAUAUCUUGUUCGUAGUUUGGCCUCCCAGAUAUCCAUGCGUUAACUUCGCAGUUCCAUUCUCCUAGAAGCAUAUCUUUCUUUAGAGAGGGUUCUCGAUCAGAUUAUUUGAACCCCUUAAGGACACAUGACAUGUGUAACAUGUCAUGAUUCCCUUUUAUUCCAGAAGUUUGGUCCUUAAGGGGUUAAAGGCCAGAUCCAUUCGAGCCAGUAACCGAUAAUGGGGGUCGAGUCGCACAGAAUAGAUAUGGUAUUUAAUGCUUUACAUGGGUAGCCUGGGAGGGCUGGAAACUUCCAUUUUGGGGCCACAUGAGCACCGUCCGAUCAGCCACUGCGAAAAGAACGACCUCUUGGCUUUUUAUAUCAAAUCUGCUCAGAAUAAAAAAAGUGUUCAGUGAAUACUUUUUUAAUUUGCAAAAAAAAUGUAGUUUGUGACCCUCUUGGCUUCAUUUGGGGAAGCAGAAUUAGAUCCUCUUUCGGUGUUUGUGUUUUUUUCCAUGUCUAUAAAUACAUGUGGUGAGAGGACUGUCAUGUCGCUGUCUGUGUUUGGCACAUAGUACCCUCUGUCUUCACUUUAUAUGAGCUGUAUCUGUUUUCUGUGUUUUUAAUGUGCAACCUCAAUUAAUGUAAUUUAUUAAUGGAAUCAUUGUUACCAGGCAGUGUAACCCUAACCAAGCCAUACCCUAGUGUGUAACCUCUACCCAUGGCAGGUGGUUAUUAGUGGGCACAGCAUAGUGGUUCCAGGUUUUAUAGAAGGUAGCAUGUGGCUUUUUCACAGAAAUUCCGUAAAGCGCAGAGAGGGUUUAGUUUAGUGCAUCUUUCUCAACAUUGUUGAGGUGAGCAGAGACGACCUUUAAUAUGGAAAAUGAUUCGUGGGUUUCCAUGGAGAAAAGGGGAACUUUCCUUGGGGUCUUUAGUUAAGAUCCCCAGGUGAAGAGGGAUGGGCAUUGUCCCAGGGUGAAGUUCCGCUGGGUAAAACUUCCAUUCUGAUUUCAUUGAGAAUCAUCAGCCUGGCUAACUAUGUGUUUUCACCAGAAGCCAAUGUUUUUACGGUCUAAUGGACCACGAAUGAGUGUAGCAGGGUGGAGAACUUUUCCAAAUCUGCUAUUUUGGUGGGAAUUGUGCCAUUCCGUAAUCGGCUUGCUACAGUUUGGAGUCAAGUGACUAAACCCUGUUUAUGUGAUUGUAAAAGGGGAAGGUUCGCUUAGUAUGAUUACAUUGUCUAUUUCUACACAGACUCAACCCCUGCUCAUGCUAUUGUUAUUAGUAGGUUAUAGGGUGAGCGUAUCUCUGCUUGAAUAAAGAUGGCUUACUGUUGUAGCUUUCAUUUUUGGCCAUUUUUAUGUAUGGUAUGUAUGUAUAUUUGUUGCCAGAGUUGGUGAAUCUCUACAUAGUAUCUCAGUGAGUACAUGGAGAAAUCUCUGGUUGAGUUCUUUUAUAUAGUUGCCCUGUAUGGUAACGAUAUGUUUUGGAUGGCAAUGUACAUUUUGAACAAUAAGCAGCCAGUAACCUCAUCCGUGAAAAUAUUUUCUAAAAUUGGCAUCCUCUCACAGGAAACGGUGACUGUCACGGGCACGCUACUUCGGCAUGGAGUCUCAUGACAACCUUUGUGGCCUCGCAAACUCUUACACAAGACUUCGGUCUCAUGUGCAUCGGUUUUAUUUAUUUAAUUUACUCUUACAAUUUAAAUGUAUAGAAAUUAUAUUUUUAAGUUAGGGGUUCACAUUUUGCUCUUAACUAUUGUGAAUAAAGUAUAGAGUAUGUUGUGAUUCAGUUAUUUCAUGUUAAUCAUGUGACAUGAUGUAAACACAUCAUGAAUUGUUCUAUGAAUGCACUAUAUAUUGUGCACCUAUGUUCUAUGUACAAUGACUUGGCAAAGGCCUUGUGCUAGGCCAAAACGUUAUCAAUCUGUGUGGGUGCCUUAAAGGAACACUAUACCCACAAACAUGUAUCCUAACACUGUAGUCCUGAAGUUGCUGUGUAGUUGACCAAUCCCCUCCCUGUUCAGUAAAAAGGUGAUUUAAUACUUACUUUUUUAUUCCUGCAGCGCGGCUGGCCUCUUGUCUGUGACUGAGUUCAUCAAUAUUCAUGAUCUCAGACAAUCCAGUGCUUUCCCAUAGGAAAGGUAUUGUGCCAAUCAGAAUCUCCCCCUGGAGAUUUAAUGUGUGUAUCUCCAUGGGGAAUUUUCAGCACGUCCAUACAGAGGGUGGAGACGCUGAACAUAGGUGCUGCUCAAAAUGCAUCACUGAGAUAAGAGGCACCUGUGGUGACCGUCUGAGUGACUGCACCUAUAGGUGUUACUAGGAAGCAAUGUAAACACUGCCUUUACAUUUACACUAAAAAGCCUGCAGGGACCAGCUAUAGACACCAUAACAACUACAGUAUACUGUACGGGUUCUGGCGACUACAAUGUCCCUUUGAAAAAUGAGAUUGCACCAGAAGUGUUGGAUAUUUAUUGUUAUUUCCCUUGCUGAAUAAUACUCAUAAGGGUUUUAUGGCUGUGGGAGGGGGUAGAUGAGCACGUGGGGAGAGCUAGUCUGUAGAGUGGUCCCAUUGCUUAUGAUGGAUUGAGAGAUGAGUGAAUGACUCACAGCAGGUAUGGAAGGCAUAUUUGACUUCUGUUGAUAGGAGUUGUGAUCCUGGUUGGAGAGGGGUAAGGGGGGGCGACUUCAGUUUAAGUGUAUCAAGUAGAAAUUUUUUUAUUUGAAUAUAAUAGUUUGAUCAUCAUUAUUGCCAUAGGACUAACUAAUGGAGUCAGGCUGUUUUGAACAUAUUAUUCCCAUUAUUUAUUAUUAUUAUUAUUAUUAUUGACAUUUUUAUAUAGAGCAAACAGAUUCCGUAGUGCUUUACAAUAUUAUGAGACGGGGAUUUAACUAUAAAUAGGACAAUUACAAAAAAGCUUACGGGAACAAUAGGUUGAAGAGGACCCUGCUCAAUUGAGCUUACAUUCUAUAGGAGGUGGGGUGUAAAACACAUUAGGACAGGAAUGUGCAAUCAAAUAAGGUGGGCUGCCCUUUAGGAGAGAGCAAGAGACAGGUAUGUGAGGUAGAGGUUACUCUGGGAGGCCAUAAGCUUUCCUAAAGAGAUGGGUUUUAAGGCACUUCUUAAAAGAUGCAAGACUAGGGGAGAGUCUGAUGGCGGGACGCAGGCUAUUCCAUAGGAAGGGAGCCGCCCGCGAGAAGUCCUGCAAGCGCGAGUUGGCCGUACGGGUGCGGACAACGGACAAGAGGUGGUCACGGGCAGAGCGGAGAUCUGUGAGGAGAUAUAAGAGGGGCUAGAGUUGUUCAGUGCUUUAUAGGUGUGAAUUAGUACCUUGAAUUGACUCCUAUGGCAUACAGGAAGCCAAUGUAAGGAUUGGCAGAGGGGUGAGGUGUGAAAGAACUGACUAGAGAGGAAAAUCAGUCUAGUAGCAGUGUUCAUUAUGGACUGUAGAGAUGCAGUAUGGCUUUUGGGAAGACCAAUCAGGAGAGGGUUACAAUAAUCCAUGCGGGAAAUUACUAGAGCAUGGGCAAGCUCCUUGGUAGCAUCUUGUUUAAGAAAGGGGCGGAUGCGGGCUAUGUUUUUAAGAUGGAAUCUACAGGAUUUGGCAACAUACUGGAUGUGUAAAGACAAGUCUUCCCAGAAGCUUUGAGGAAAAAGGGAGCAGGGAUAUGGGACGAUAGUUAGAGGGGGUGGACGGGUCGAGGGAUGUUGUGUGUGUUUUUUUUUUGUUUUUGUUUUUUUUUUAAGUAUAGGUACUACAGUGGCAUGUUUAAGGUCAGCAGGGACAAUGCCAGAAGAGAGAGAGCAGUUGAAGAUGUGCGUUAAGGGAGGCACGAGACAAGUGGAGAGAGAUCUGAUAAGGUGAGAUGGGACAGGAUCAUGUUGGCAAAUGGUGGGGCGAGAGGAACAGAGAAGAACAGCCACCUCUUAGUCAGUAGCCGGGGAGAAUGUCUAAAGGGUAGGAAAGGCAUGAUCUACGUGUGGUUGAGAAACCGUACGGCAAGGAGGGGAGAAUUCUUUCCUUAGCUUUUCAAUCUUGUCAGUAAAGUAACUUGCAAAGCUAUCGGAUGUAAGGUUAGUUUGGGGGGUGGCCACAGCAGGGCGAAGAAGAGAAUUUAAAGGUGUCAAAGAGAUGCCUGGGAUUGCGGGAGCAUGAACUAAUGAGAGAGGAAAAGUAGGACUGUUUGGCAAGGGAAAGGGCUGCGCAGUAUGAACACAAUAUGAAUCUAUAAUGGGGAAAGUCUGACUGGGUGCGAGACUUCCUCCAGGAGUGUUCGGCACACCGGGAGCAUCUUUGCAGGUAGUGUAGGUAGUGUGUUGAUUUAGUAUGCCAUGGUUGGGGGCAGCUAAUCUUCCAGAGAUGAUACCUCUGUUCAGAAAAUUCUGCAGGACUUGGUUGCUUGGGAGUGCUGGGUGUUAAUGCUGUUUUAAGGGGCCCAGUCUGAAAUAUAAGAUCUGAGGUUAGAAAGAAAUAAAACAGACUAUUAUGGGUGGGGAAACAUGGGGCUAUUGAGGUAAUUAAUUAGAGAUGAAAAACUAGAGGAGAGAACAUUUGGGAUAAAAAGAUAGGAAGGAUCAGAUAGGUGAAAGUCAUAAACCAUGAACAUAAAUUUACAAAAUUAUCAGUGAGAGUAGUAACACUAGCUAAACAAACAAUUAACAAAGAGUCUAAGAGAAUGAACAUAAAAUGACGUGAUCAUACCAACUUUAAGAAAAACUAAAACAGAAGAUCAGGAUGGGAGAUCUAGUUAUCAAUUGAGUACUGAUAGUAUCGGGAGGGAGAUGGAAUAGAACACCGUUUGAAAAUAAGAGUUUAAAGGAAAACGUAAUACAGGAAUUCUUGAGUAGAUCUUCCAGAGAUGAUACCUUUGCUUAGAAGAUUCUGCAGGACUUGGUUGCUUGGGAGUGCUGGGUGUUAAUGCUGUACUGCAUUAUGCCUAAACAUUAACCCCUACAGAACCUUAACACUCCCCUAAAAAAUAUCAUGUCAUAUAAGACACAUAAUAGACUGUAGACUGAGCUUCUGUGCAAAUGCCCUGUGCCAUUAACUGAGCAUGCUAGGAGUUGUGAUCCACAGGCUGAGUGCUUGCUCUACUCUAGCUGUUUGUUUGUAUUGUGGGUGUGCGUUUUUGUUGCAGAAUUUUUCCUGGUUUAAUAUUAACCGUUCGAUCUCUGCCACUAGUUUCACUUCAUCUUCUUACGGUGUUCUGUUUUGUUUUAAUGAUUUGCAGAACAUCGGCUUCAUUUGUCGACUGAAGUGAAAUCUAAAGAGAAUUAACCAUUGGUAUUCAUAUUAUUCAGCAUAAAGUAAGUUUUGAGCAGGAAAGGAAUAGAAUCCGCAGGGCUCAUUAGCGUUCGCGCCUCUGACGGCAGACUUCAGAUUUUGUAAAUUCAGAAUCCUGUCCCUAGACCGCUUGUUUUGUCUUAUGGCUGCAUUAUUUCCCCUUAUUAUUCAGAUUAAAUACAGGCUUUUCCAUUUCACAUGGAUUCAGUGUUUUACAAAUCCCCAGAGGACGAGCGCUGGUAUAGUUUAUCUCCAAGGCCUCUCAUUGCGGAUACAUUAUUUAAUUUACAAAAUGUGAGAGGCCAGUUGUGGACAUUGUGUAACCUUUUACUUUUACUUUGAAUUCCUGUAAAUCCCUAAAUUGUCUAACUUUAUAAACGUUUCAAAUGGUAAGACGGACCUUUCUUUUUAGGGCGUGUGGCUGGAGGUUUGGCCGGGGGAUUUUGACUUUGUGAUAAGUUUACAGAACUGAGAAUGUGAAUAAGAAUAAGACCAAAUAUCUUAUUUGCACAGACUGAUUUCUAAACACAUCUUAAUGUACGUUACAGGCUGAUUACUGAGAGGCUAAUUACAUCACCAACAAAAUAACACAAAGGCAUAAAAGUUAUUUCCAUAUUUUUGUUUUUGAACAUUAUAACAUUGGGGAAAUCUGUAUACCUAACACUAAAGUGUCCCUGUCCCUAAUUUAUGUAGGUGUCUCCCACUACUCCCCAUUGACAGCGUCAAGGGCUACGUACCUUAAUUUACUGAGAGGCUAAUUACAUCACCAACAAAAUAACACAAAGGCAUAAAAGUUAUUUCCAUAUUUUUGUUUUUGAACAUUAUAACAUUGGGGAAAUCUGUAUACCUAACACUAAAGUGUCCCUGUCCCUAAUUUAUGUAGGUGUCUCCCACUACUCCCCAUUGACAGCGUCAAGGGUUAAAAACACGUUUGUUUACGUACCUUAAUUCCAGCACCGAGGCCUCCAUCUCCCGCUAAGUUACAGCAAUGGUUGAACGUGAUAUGCAUGCGCACCACUCAGGAGCGCAUAUUAAAGCUUCCACAUAGGAAAGCAUUGAAUUAAUACUUUCCUAGGACGAAUUUGAAGACCUUGGACAUCCACAUGCAAAGCGAGAGGAUAUCCAAAGUUGUUUCACAUAGUAAAACUGUCUGGGAGAGAGCCACUAGAGGUGGACUAGACUCCAAAAACAGCAGUGUUUUACAUGGCAGGGUUAAACAGGCACUGCCAAUAAGAUUGUUAUAUGUGUGCCAUUACUCUCCCUUUUAACAACCUAAAAAAAAAAAAAGUGUGAUACUUAAGGGAUUUGAAAGAAUUAAUAUGUACAAAGUAUUUGUGCCACCCAACUUACUUGUGAGUAAAUAGAAUAUGUUACCGGGUUAAAUACUGCCCUCUCUCAAACCUGUGUUGUCAUGUACUCUAAAUAUUGUGUGUAAAAUAGGAUCACUCCCCCCUUCAUGUGUGGGGGUUCAUUAACCAAGCGCCAAAUUGUAGUCAAAUAAAGAACAAUUUGGAAAAAUGCUCCAACCCUGCUACAUCCCCAGUUCGGGUGCCUUAGCCUGAACUUUCCAGGUCGGUUUACAAUUUGUUGAAUAAACUCCUCUGUGUAAAUUGUUGAAGACGUAAUUCAAGCUCCUAGAUCAUGUGAGUGCAGUGACUCACGUCUCAGGACUGUGUGACGACACCAAGUUUUUCUUCUUUUCUUGAACCUGUGUACGGUUAUUGUCCAGACUUUGUUUGUGAGCUAUUUGCACAGACACCCUCUAGCAGUCAACAUUUAUUGUUUCAGUGGUGUACACACAAGCGUUUUGGAUUUUAGUUGUUUUUUGUGUGUGAUUUAAGUAGGAGUGAUACCGAAUAUUGCUGUAACAGUUAAAUGAUUUGUAUUAUAUUAUUUUACAUGGGAUUUUCUCUUGCCAACAGCUCGUGACAGUAAAGUUGGCGCCCAUGGGCCGGCGUGCCCUUUAGUCAUGAUUUGCAACGUUGCCAGUGAGCCCGUCUGGCUUUACAAUAAUUGAUGAUUUCUAUUAAUAGUGAAGAUGACCAGCAUCUCAUAGGAAGCGGUGAUCUAAAAAUGCACACGAGUGCCAAUCUCCAUCGGACCUUAUCCUUCAUUAUUCUAAAUUAUUUAUAGAGCAAUGAAGUUGUACUGAGUUGCAACAUUUAUACCAAAAUUGAUUGGAUUUUGACAAAUGUCUCAGAUCUGCUACAGUCACAGUUUGGUUAUUUUAGACUUAAUUUUUAAAAUCAGUUUUCUGGUCACUGCAAUUUAUUGAUUAGUGAAUAACCUCUAAGCUUCCUCUUUUUAAAUGCGAAUGGGGUCAAGGGGAUAUGUAACUCUUCCGGGAAUGUCUCUGUUCUGUGGUUUUUGUUUUUUCCCCUUUGAUAGACAAGAAAAUAAUAGAUUAUGCCCUGCAGUCUCGCUGCUCAAUUCUCUGCCAUUUAGGAGUUAAAUCACUUUUGUUUAUACAGCCCUAGCCACACCUCACUGCAUGCGACGUGCACAGCCUUCAUAAACACUUCCUGCAAAGAGUUUACACUUUUUACACUUUGUUUUUUGCACAGUCUGUUCAAUUUAGCAUUUCCUAUCACGUGCACUGUUAAUUGCCUUCUAGACCCUGCAGAAGCCUCAUGUGUGUGAUUAACGUUUAACUACAGAGCAGGAGUUAAGAACUUUAAAUCAAACACACUGUGCUGUAAGAUCUGGAAAAAUGGUUUAAUUUUCAAUCAAGCUGGCUGUUCAGCUGAAGUUGUUUUGGUGUUUAGAGUGUGACUUUUUUAAAUACAGGAAACCAAAGAAGUUCUGUGCACGUUUAAAUGUAACCAAUUUCUGUAAUGUAACACUAUGGAAAUCUGUGCCUUUAAAAAAAAAAAAAAAAAAAAAUAUUGAGACUCUGGUUAUUUCAGCCCAAGGCCGUACAUCGAUCACGUCAUGUGCGGUUUAUUGAAUAGCCCACGUACGUUAAAGUUACUCACCCUUCUCCUUGGGGCUGUGUGAGUAAAUCAGGUUUUCUUUGUUGUCUGAGCAGCUAAUCACUAGUAAUGAGAACCUAUUGUUUGGCUCAAUCUAUGGAAUGACAUGUUCUGUUAACACAGAGCGCUAUGAAGGGCCGCGCUGGCUCUGGACCUGAUCAAUAAAUCAUUUCUAUCCACAAACACAAUAUGGAUUUCAUUGCAGAAUGGAAUUGCAAUGGCCGAUGCGGUGUUAUUAGCCAGCCUCCAGAUUCUCCAGAAACCAUUGUAACUGGAGCUAAAAAAUCAAUAGUGCUGUAAGUGCAGGAGGUGUGAGAUUUCAGGAUUAGACGGUCAUUACAAAUAGUUUAUCUGUUCCUCCGGCUUCACGGGGCCUGGAAGGGAGGGGUGAAUAUAUAAUAAAAUAUCACUGAACCACGAGACUGAUGGCCUGCUAAAUGUCACCGUUCUGUACCUUUUUUUUUUUAUAAAUAUAUAUAAUAUUUAAUUAUAGGGCAUCACAGGAGCAUGCAUGUCCCGCUCUGCCUUAGAUUGGUGGGAGUUACUCUCCCGGGCCGCAACUGCUGCCAUUAACCCAGCAAGUCCCCUGAUAGUGAUAUCUCAGCAUAGGAGAUGAGGAGAAAGAAUCCAUCGUUAUUGGGACAGGACAACUGCAAAUCGUGUCUGCCUGCCUGAAAUUAGUGUGCGCUGACCGGUAGAUAUCAGAGCUGCCGUGAGAUUGGGGUCCCCUGUAUAAUAUGGUGGGGGGGUGAUGUCUAACACUCUCUCUGCUGAUUUCACACCUGUGAUUGUUGUACAGAUGAUAUUUCUGCACAGAGAGUGUAUUUUAAAAAUAUAUUUCUUACAUUUUCUUUUACGUACAAACACUACAGUCACCGUAUUAUACUGUUCAUUCACAUUUAAUAGAAAAUGCUCUCAGCUACUUUUAUAAUGAACCCAUUCUGGGUGGUUUUCAUUGAACUAUGUUUAUUUAUAGCUUUUUAUUAUAGUCUUUACAAUCUGGCUGUAGUAAUGGUUCUUGGUCCUAACUAAAAUGUCACUUACACUUUAAUUUUUUUUCUUGCUUGCACUUUCAUUAAUAAAAACACAUAAAUGAAACUACUCUGCAAGCCAAUGGAGAAGCAGAACUGUGCCUUUUGUUUAUUUUUUUUUGCCUGUGUUUGUCACAAUGUUGAUUCUCUCUUACGAGACCACCAUUUUAUUGUAAUCUUCUCGAUUUUUUUUUUUUUUAUUUUUUUUUUUUUUCCAGGUUUUUUUAAAGAUGACCGCAUUGUGUUUUGGACCUGGAUGUAUUCUACGUACUUCAUGGAGAAGUGGGCGCCGCGGCAGGAUGACAUGUUGUUCUAUGUACGGCGCAAGUUGGCUUAUGUUGGUACAGAUGGCAUCGAAGGCAAAAAGGUAAAUCUGCAGUACCAGGUUUUAUCAGUUUCGCGAGUUUCGGCAGCAAACCAAUCUAGAGAGGGUGACAAUAAUGUGGGGGGAAUGUUUCAUUUCAUACAAUUCUAUUAAACUGCAGCAAAAUGUGGGUAAUAUCCUGGACCUCCUGACGUAUCGUUGGCACUUUAAGAUUUCUGUUUAAUCCACACGCAUAGAUUCCGUAAUGAUGGCAGCCUCCCCGUGAAGGAAUUCUAGCUGACAAUGUGUUGUGUACACAGACAGAUUUAUUAAGUGGGAAGAUUAGUUGUACGCAUAGAAUGCUCAGCCUAGUUUUUUGGGGAUCCUGGAUGAUCUUGCAUUGUUUGGCCGUACAGUGGUACUAAAGACAUAUGUUUACUUAUACUCUAGAAUUUGGGAUAGUACACUGGUGGUAUUUGUUUGGUUUGGUUUGUUUUGCACAGAGUAAUGGGACUUUGUUUUUAUUUACAUUUUUUUAAUGUAUGUGGCAGUAUACCCACGAGUGGCUUAGUUCUUACCACCUAGGUUGUCCCUUCCCUUGUAGAAGCUUCAGAGUGAUUAUGCUCUCUUGCACACAAGCCGCGAUUUGGUGAAAAGUGUAUAAGAACUGCGUCAUUGGGGCAAAAUUGUCACCUUAUAUACCUGGAGAUUUCACUGGAGGUCCCCAGGGAGAAUAGAUUGUGACACACUCGGUGCCUUGAUGUCUGUGCCUGAGCUGGUAAUAUAAUUUAUAUGCCUGACACUUAUGGGUAGAGUUCCUGGUCACCUAAAAACACAGCACUUUCCAUGGGUACAUGGAGCUAUCCCAUGUCUUUCGAUGCCCCACCAACCCCACUACUAGCCCUCAUCAAAAUGCCCUGAUUGUUGGUCCUUGGACCAACAGCACUCCUGUUAGUUUUAGCUGACCAUGGUGACUACUCGAUACAAUUUUUAGAGUUCCGGGGUGGCUCCCGGCCAGGUGCACCGUGCCUCUUCGUCCCCUUGGCUGGUGAAAGCAAGGUGACUGCUGGGCUGGCAGACACAGAGGGUUAGUUAUAGUGAAGAUGGUCUGUCACAUUGUAAAUUUAUUUGUAAGCAAAGUAGUGCACCAUACUCUAUUUAAAAUUAAGUUAAAUGGGAUCAGUUUGUAUUCAUACAUUGCUUGACUACGUGGAAACCUUACUAAAACCAAAUUACGCUAGUUCUGAUGCAUACAUAAACAUAACUUUAACUUCUAUCCAGAAUGCAAAUUUCUUUUAGACCAGUGAAGAGCAAUGCUUUCUCGUGGUUCCCAGCAGGUGGAGGUAGAGGUCUAUCGCAAAGACUCUAAGAAGCUUCCUGGUUUAGGAGACCCUGACAUCGAUUGGGAGGAGAGUGUCUACCUGAAUCUCAUUUUGCAGAAGGUGUGCUAAGAUUAUUUUCGGAGGUUUGGGUAUUUAGGAUGUCCAGUUGGUGUAUUUGGCUUUAAUUUCCAGCUAAGCAUGUCGAAGCUCUCUGGGUCUCUAUUUUAUGACUUCUCUCACUCUUCAUGUUCUCCCCAGCUGCAUUAUAUGGUGACCUGCGCUGUGUGUACGCGAUCGGAUGCUGGGGACAUCCACAUUCACAAAAAGAAAUCCCAGGUUUGUGAGUGGGGGGGCUUAUCUUGAAUUUAAUAAAACCGAACCGAUGUCUUAUGGGCAUCAUAAAGUCACAUUCUCAUUAGAAGAAAGCUGGAACUUGAAUAUCUGGUCCGGUGACCAAGAUCCCUUUAAAGUUUCAGACUCUGCUUUCAGCCAUCACAACCCUUGGGGUUUUCUGCUGAUAUUCCUUGCCCGGUGUUUUGUAGACUAAUCAGAAAUGUUGGCAGUGGAUGAGGUUGUCUUGAUCCAAUUGAUCUAAUGCUUCCUGAAUGAAUGGAUACUACGAGCAUUGUACAUUCACUUAAACAAGUUCCAUUCAUUAUUCAAUGAGCAUAAAAAGAAUGUUCAAUGAGAAGUUUACCCAUGGCCUUCUAUUGCAGAGUAACCAUACAUAUUUAUACAUUACCAUGAGAGACCAGGGAUACAAUACAUUUUGUUUUGUUGUGUCCCCUCCCUCCCCCUAACUCCCCCUCCCCAAUUAAAAAAACAAAAACAAAAAAAACUGGAUUUGACUCAGUGCAUUACUGUUCACAAAUUUCAAAGCUUGAUACCCUAUUAGAUGCCUGAAGGAUCCCCAUUUAAUUAGAGGUUUUAAACCCCUUGGUUAGAACCUAAAAUUGGAUCCCCAUGUUCUCAUUGGGUUUGGAACCUUGACUGUAAUGUAAACACUGCAUUUUUUCUGAAAACCGCAAAAAGCCUGAAGGGAAUGAUUCUACUCACCAUAACUAAUAUAAAAGGCUGUAGAAAUUCCUAAUGACUAUACUGUCCCUUUAAGUGAUAUUGUUGCCUUCCCCAGUAGAAGUGAGAACCCUUUCUUAUUAGGAAGAGGCUAAAUGAGUUGAUUUGUUGAAUUUAUUUAGUUUUGUUAUUAGAAGGGAAAUGAAACCGAGAAAAUGUUGCUAUUAACAAGCUGCCUAGCUGUUACCAUGCUCAUAAUUUGGGUCACAGUCAGAGCUUAUUUAACCCUUCUGUUAUUUGUUAACCCUUACUGGUGUGUGAGCCCCUCUCUAUGCACAGCCUGUUCGAGCAUUUAGUCUUGCUUUAUCAAUGUUCCAGCAAGUGUUCGCGUCACCGAGCAAACACCCAAUGGACAGCAAGGGAGAAGAAUCGAAGAUCAGCUACCCCAAUAUAUUUUUUAUGAUUGACAACUUUGAAGAGGUACGAGUCCAGUUUGUCUUUAAACCUCGCUUGAUGUGAGUCCUUCUUUGUAUAAAGGUGAAAAAUGUGAUUUUUAUUACACUGGAGACACCCAGAUUAUAUUCAAUUUCUAAGUAUGCUCAACAUUAUUCAAUAUGUUUGUUCCUGCAGGAAGCCUUUCAAUCACAAUUCUAAUAUUAGAACACACAAGGCCAGUAGAAAAUCUAAUUGUAAAUAAUAUCCAGAAAAGCAAGUUCAUUUAAUAUUUACUGCACUUACGGAGAAAAUUAAAUUUUCUAGGAUUUCACUUUAUUUUUGUACAUGAACUCGUCAAAGCGUAACUGCUGCGUUUUGCAAUUGAAAGUGUUUAAUCGGUUUAUUAAUUUCGACUGUUUUAAUUAGCUUCCAUUGGAUUGAAUUUAUAUCUUCGUAAAGCUUUAUAAAAGUACCUGUUUGGAUUUGUUCUGUAAGUUACAGUGUCAUCUCAAACAGACAGAGGCUGGAUUUAGUAAAUGAUCUAGUGGAUAAAUAUACUUUAAAGGGAACCUCCGCCUCUGAUACAAAUAUAAUUCAAUCGAUUUGAAUUUGGUAUUAUUUCAUGAUUAUUAUUAUGAUAUAAAUAAAUAUCUAUAAUUUCUAUAGUUUUGGCCUAAAAUAAAAAAUAUUUGCAGAAUGCUGCACUAUAAACCUGUUUAUAAAGACAUUCUUAUCCUGUAUGCUCAGCCAUUGACAAUACUGAAUGAUUUGAACUACAACACAACCAGCAUUAGAAGGAGAGGACACUCGAAGUCCUAUAUUAAGGAUAUCACAAUCUGUCUGCAGUUUUUCUAAAUGAAAAGCGUCUCAUUCGGUGCUUCUGGUUCUGAGACUGUGUACAUACACUGAUAAGGAAGUCUUGUCCUCUAUUUUUAUUUUUUUUCUUGAACGGGCCAUGGAUAAAGAGGCAGGCUUCUGUUGUAAUAUUCUGCAAAGACAUUUUGAACCAAAAAAAAAAAAAUACAGCAUCUUAAUGAGGUCAAAACCUCAUGCAUUUGUUAUACUGGUGCCUGGAGUGUCCCUUUAAGAGUAAAAUUAAAUUACAAAAGAAAAGACAAAACUAAAUUCCAUCAGUCCCAUGUUGUGCUGCAUCUAAGGCGAGCUCUUAUUAAACAAACUCUGUCGUAUAAUCAUAUAAACACGUUUCCUUAGAGCCUGUAAGCUGCUGCAGUCUGUUACAACUUUUAUAAACAAAAUGUAAUUUUAUUUAUUGAUUUUAGGCGUUGCAUUUAGUUUCAUUUGUGCUUUUUCCGGUGGUUUUAGGUAUUUAGUGACAUGACCGUGGGGGAGGGGGAAAUGGUCUGCGUGGAGCUUGUGGCCAGUGAUAAAACCAACACAUUUCAAGGAGUUAUUUUUCAAGGUUCGAUUCGCUACGAGGCGCUCAAAAAAGUGUAUGACAAUAGGGUAAGCAGUGCACGUACGAUGUGUUUAUAGCACCAGCCAGAUGGACUGAAUUUGGAUAAAAUCUUGGUAUGGGCUGGGUGAUCCUGACAACUAGUCAUUGCUGAUGUCUUUGCGUAGACUUCAGUGUGAAAUACUGUUUUUGUAAUCCUAAAGAAUGGUUAUCUGAAUAAAAAUGUAGCCAAGAUUUUAAGAAUGUGGACAGUUUGAUCUUUAGAAACAUAGAAUGUGACGGCAGAUAAGAACCAUUCGGCCCAUCUAGUCUGCCCAAUUUUCUAAAUACUUUCAUUAGUCCCUAGCCUUAUCUUAUAUUUAGGAUAGCCUUAUGCCUAUCCCACGCAUGCUUAAACUCCUUUACUGUGUUAACCUCUACCACUUCAGCUGGAAGGCUAUUCCAUGCAUCCACUACCCUCUCAGUAAAGUAAUACUUCCUGAUAUUAUUUUUAAACCUUUGUCCCUCUAAUUUAAGACUAUGUCCUCUUGUUGUGGUAGUUUUUCUUCUUUUAAAUAUAGUCUCCUCCUUUACUGUGUUGAUUCCCUUUAUAUAUUUAAAUGUUUCUAUCAUAUCCCCCCUGUCUCGUCUUUCCUCCAAGCUAUACAUGUUAAGAUCCUUUAACCUUUCCUGGUAAGUUUUAUCCCGCAAUCCAUGAACCAGUUUAGUAGCCCUUCUCUGAACCCUCUCUAAGGUAUCAAUAUCGUUCUGAAGAUACGGUCUCCAGUACUGCGUACAAUACUCCAAGUGAGGUCUCACCAGUGUUAUGUACAAUGGCAUGAGCACUUCCCUCUUUCUACUGCUAAUACCUCUCCCUAUACAACCAAGCAUUGUGCUAGAAUUUUUUACCUCCUGUCCUGCUUUUUAGUGUAUCGGUCUGUCAAGCAAUGGAGUGAAUUGAAUCAUUUUUAAUGUCAAUAAAUUCUCAGUUGAUUGUUAAAGUUUCUGUCCUAUUGGUUUCUCGACAGACUACUUGAUUUAAUUUUAUUUAUAACUCACUAUAUUCUGACUAGUCACCACAAUCCUGGCAAAAUGUGUGAUCAUUUUUGUAACAUUCUCUGGUCUGGAAAAAUAAACCUACUGGUUUGUCUAAACAGGUAAGUGUUGCUGCUAAGAUGGCUCAGAAGAUGUCGUUUGGGUUCUACAAGUAUAACAACAUGGAGUUUGUGCGCAUGAAGGGGCCUCAGGGCAAGGGGCAUGCAGAGAUGGCAGUAAGCAGGGUCUCCACUGGUGACACCUCGCCAUACGGCACUGAGGAUGACUCCAAUCCAGGGUCGCCUUUGCAUGAGAGGGUAAGAGCACAACAAGGCUUGAUAGACUUGGAAACCUCCAUUCAUAUUCUAAUGUAAAGGGGAUUUAAUGUAUUCUUGUCCUUUUAUCUGUGGUAGGUGACUUCAUUUAGUACACCACCAACGCCAGAAAGGAACAGCCGCCCUUCGUUUUUCUCGCCCUCUUUAAAGCGAAAGGUGCCAAGGAACCGCAACGCUGAGAUGAAGAAGUCUCACUCUGCCAAUGACAGCGAGGAAUUCUUCAGGGACAGCGAUGAUGGUGGAGGUACAGGAAACUCUAUAAUAUCUAUAGCCACCAGGCCUUCUAACCAUUGGUUUAACCUCAUUCGUUCUGGCUCGCUAGUGUCAUGCAUUGUGGGGUGUCUAAUCAUCUCUGGCUGGACCUACAUGCAUAUAAUGGUCUGCCACAGGCGUGUACCCUAAAUAGAAGAAACCUACUUUCAUGGUUAUCGGCCAAAGUCUCCACUUGUGCACUUACCAGUGCAAACACUGUAUUUGUGAAUUCUAUAUAGAGGAAGAAAUCUCAUUCUUUUACCAAACUAGAAACCGACCAAGGAAUUGCAAAUCUUAGGAUUUAAAAGCAGUUAGACACUCUGAGAUCAAAUGCUUUAAAGUUGUGUUGCUGCCUAGAAUGUCCCUUUAGUAAGAAUGUCUUGUUUGAUUUAUCAUUUUGUAAAGCUCUGCUAUGGAUACUGUUUUAAAACGCGACAGAGCAGGUUUUUUUAUUUAGAGUUAUCUGGAUGCAGGCAGAGCUUACAGAUCAAUAGAUUUAUAGCCGUUUCCAGAAAUGUGAAGAAGACAGUCAGCUGGUGAAUAAACACAAUUCACAAAUCUCUUUAUUCUUCCAAAGCAUCUUAUUGACUGGAAACACUGCUAAAAAGAUUCAUAUUUGGCUUUGAAGAGUCAGUCCACUCUCCCACACAGAGCCUUGCUGCUGAUAUCCUCUGCUCAAUGGAGCAUAGGCAUAAAAUUGUGUAAAGGUGUGUGUUUCAUUGGUAUUCUUUAAAACCUGGUAUUGUACGUUAAAAGAUUUUGAGAAGCUGGAUGUUGAUUGCACUGCUGGCUUAUUCCAAAAAUAAUUCUUUAAAAAGUUUGUCUUGUGGCAAAAAAAGUAAAUUUUGUUAAAAAAAAAAAAAUUGUCUUCACUUGACUUCUGCCCCCUCCCAUGCCAUAUGGGAUGUCCAUCCCAUGGUUUCUUGUACCGUAAGACUGUCUUUCUUUUCACAGAUAUGCAUAAUACAACGAACCUGAGAUCUCGCUCGCUGUCUGGGACUGGGAGAUCUUUGGUUGGAUCGUGGCUGAAACUGAACAGAACUGAUGAGAACUUCUUACUCUAUGCACACUUAACAUAUGUUACCUUGCCCCUGCAGCGGAUCUUGUCAGGUAACCAUCUGAUCAGUGUCUGGUCAUUGUAAUGUAACAUUAGGUGCUGAGAUAGCUUAGCUGCCCGAAAGGUAGAAACCCCCUGAUGUUUUAACAUUAACGUUUCCAUGAUGCUUUGUCAUUCCAAGGGCAUGCAAAGCAUUAUGGUAGUUGCUCUAAAACCUCUUGGAUCUACCUUUUUGGGCACCCCCGCCUUAGCGAAUAGUGCUCCACCAUCUUUUCCCAGGGAACUCAGCAGUGCGUCCUGCUCACAGCUAUAAAAUUACUAGAAUGUUAGUGCUUUCAGACCCAGUGAAAAAGAUGAAAGUCGAUAUUUCACUGUAUCUGGUAUUACAGAUUCCAGGAGAUGCCUCUGUUUUAAGCAGGUUUUCAUAGGAUGUCAUAAAGUCUAGACAGACCUUAUGGUUUGGAGAUGGCAUGGAACACAGUAUUAAUUGUCAGGAGUUCAGCACAGACUAUUGACUGUAAUCUACAGUCUUACCUCCUGUUUUGUUUUGACAGAUAUUUUGGAAGUGCGACAGAAGCCGAUUCUGAUGUCAUAGCGAAGACAAAUUGGCUGAACAGUGUUUAAAAACUGCCAAAGUGCCUACUUGACCCGCAGUGGUGCCAUGUGACAAUACUACCACCUGGUGGCAAGAAGCAUACACGCACAGAACUAAGAAAAGACUUCUCCCGUUUGCCUCUGCAGGGGUGUGUGAGAUCUGGGAUCCUGCAGUUACAAAGGGGUUAAAAAAAAAAACAUAAAACAAAUACCAGCCAAUCAAAAAGUGCCUCUUUACCCCUCCACUGGUGUAUGCUUAAACUACAUCCUUAUGGUGUUUUGGAAAGGGGCUUUGUAACUAAAAGGGGCUGUGUUAAGAAAAAAAAACCUAAAUGAAAAAAGCCAAAAUUAUUGGUUAAAUUUUUUUUUAUUUUUUUUUGUGAUCCAUACUUCUAGUAGCAGCGAACAAAGUCUAUGAACUGCGCAACACAUUAUGUACACAAUUCGGUAAAGUUGCAAUUUCAUGAAUGUCAUUCUGUGAGUUACGAACGUUGUGUUUGGCGUCCGUCUUCAUGGCUUCAGCGUCUCAGAGGUGGAAACAUCCUUUCGAAGAGUUUUUUUUAUUUAUUUAUUUUUUUUGCACUAUCCAAUUCAAACAGCGUUUUGAGGGGUGUUUUCUCCUUAUUUUGUGUAUCUCCAAAUUUCGUGCACAACAUCAAUGAUUUCUCUAAAACAGAUUCUGUCCUAAAUUAAAAAUGUCUGUAAUAUUUGAAUCCUAUGAAUGCAGAUGGAAGGGUGCGCAUGGUCCUCUGUCCCUUUUGUAGGCCUUGCCCUGUCUGAAGUAAGUUUAUAAUAAUGUAUAGCAGACUGUCUGUCUUAAAACAAAUGUUUUAAUUUACUAAAUACUGGAGCUUUGGAGCAGUUCUACUCAGCUGGACAUGAAUUGACCAUACUAUUUUCUGUGAUCUCUCAGUUUCAUGUGAAAGUGAUAAAAAAAAAUUAGACAUUUAAAGGGACAAAGUCUUUGAGCAAGUAACACAUCACUCCAUAUGGAAUGUGCAUAAUUCACUUAAUAUUUAAAAUCACUUUAAAGUUCUAUAAAAGGGAGAUAAUAUACAGCCACAUGUUUUGAGCCAUUUUUUUUUUAAAAAUUUUUUUAGGACUUUAUCAGUAUCAAUUAAACAUUUAAUAUAACUUGCUAACAUUGGAUUAAAACUAUUACUAUAAUGCUUUUAAGUUUAUCUAUUAGGUUGACCCAUUUCUUUAACAUGUUUUAAGCUUGGCAUUAAAAUGAAAAGGGCCGAGGGAUAUUUUGAUUGUCCCAAAGCGGAAAUAAAACCCUUUUCAGAAUAUGUGAUUGGGAACUAACAUGGGUUUUUUAAUGUUCGCUUUAAUUGUUACCGAAGAUGAUUGAUGCAUGGAUUUUGAGAGGCCUUCUUGGGAGAGUUUAGGCUGAUUUUAGCACUUAUUCAUUUCCUGGCUCUCUUAUCUCCCAAUCUCCUUGCACUAAAACCACAGAAGGGGGAUAGACUGAGUGAAUUUGUAGGACUUGGAAAGCCCGCUGUGAAAGCUAUAAUUGCAGAUUUUUGUCACUCUAGAAAACUGUUCACACUCGGACCCCUACAUGAAUCCGGUUGUGUAUUACACAUGUUUGUACUUUUGCUUAUGUGUAAUUUUGUGUUUGUCACAUGUGCUUUGUAAUCCGAACAUGUUUAUCUAGAGCAGAUCUGUGGAAGACCAGGCACCCAGAGCGGAAUGUUGGCAAAGGUUUUGCAGUUGUGAUGAGAACCCUUUGAGAAGUGGUGGUAAAGCCUGCAUAGUAUUGCAUUAAAAUGAAUGUCGCACAUGUUGUUUGUACGUUUCUCGGAUAGUUUGGCCAUGGUGUCUUCUUGUGAGUGUUUGAAUCAUUGAAAGGGCUACAAUCCCAACCCAAAGCAUUGUCUAGAUUUAGUUUUAUGGAAAAGUAUUAACGUCCAUUGUGUAAUUAUCUCUAUCAGUCUGUGACUGGGAAGUGUCUUUGGUGGUGUCUUCCCAUAAAUUCAGUAUUAAAGGUGGGAUAGACCGCUUUUUUUUUAUUUAUUUUUUUUAUCUAUAAUAAGAGCCGACAUUCAGAAUUUUAUCGAUAAUCGUCCUUGUAGUUUACUGAUCUAAACCAUAACUCUCAUCACACGCUAUAUUCUGCACCUGGAAACGCCAGCUGUCUGCCAUUGAGGCUUCACGCCAUGGCCUGGCGUCACCCAGCAUGUGGAGCUCAUCUGAAGGCAAGGAGAUGAGACCGUGAAUAAUCUACUGUAAUGUAUUGAGCUCGCCGUCUGGGAGUGACAGGAGUGUAAUUGUGUCAGCUAAUGCUAGAUUUGUUAGAAAUUGUACCUUUUUCAAAACUCUAAAUGUACAGAAUGUCGUCACUGGUAAUCGGCAAUUAGCCCGAAAAGCGACUGAUAAUCUGUAUCGGCUCUGGAAAAAUGAAAACGGUCAAUCCCUACAUUAAAGGGUCUGACAGAUUGUGUAGUGAUGUCUGGCUUCAUGGGGGAGGAAGCAGAAAGUAACUCCUCUUUUGACUGUAAAUAGUGUGUUUUUGUUUUUGGGGGGUGGGGGGGGAGAGAGAUUUUUUAUUUUUUUUUGUCCUUUGUUUGUAAUCCGGGUUUUAAUGACUUACUAUAUGAAAGGUAAAGUGACUUGAUGAUCUGUCAGGUGGGGACGAUAUUGUGCGCUCAAUGGAGCCCUUGGCUAUCUUCAAAACACUUGUUUAACGUGAAAAUGCUCGAGUAGAGGAACAACCAAUAUAAGGCUGCUCGUUCAGUUUGGCUGGGGCAGUCCUGUUUCCUGGCACAAUGUCCCCUGUCUGUUUGGCUUUCUGUGAAUGUCCUGUGGGUUGGUAGUGAUGGCUUGGUACAGAAAGAUACUGGCUGUUCUCACGCCUAUAAUAAGCGGUCAGGCUGGAUCCGGUGCACGUUCUGAGUCUGAGAUUCUAGUCCAUAUUUGGGGGGCUGAAAUGUAAGAAAUAACUAACCUCUGUGAGUUCUGCAUAAAUGUCUAGUUUCAUUUUGUUUUUACUUUAUUGCACUAUAUACAUGCUUUAAGUUAUUACAUUUUUAUUUAUUAAAGCUAAUUGUCAAAUUGAA